UUAUUAUUUGUUUAAUAAAAUAAUAUAACCUGAGGAACUUAGAAAUUUCUUUUCAAAAGAAAGAAAUAUCCCCUGUGAAUUAAGUAAUAAGGCCGUUUCAGUCAUUGUCGCUCUUUUCCUCUGUAUACCUCAGGAAGUCAUGAAUAUGUCAGGAGCCAACACAGUAACUGAAUUCAUACUCCUGAGUUUCCCCUGCUCCAGACAGGUUCAGAUCCUCCUCUUCAUGCUGUUCUCCGUGACCUACAUCCUGACACUGAUGGGCAACGGGGCCAUCAUCUGUGCCGUGAAGCUGGAUCGAAGACUCCACACCCCCAUGUACAUUCUGCUGGCCAACUUCUCCUUCCUGGAGAUCUGUUACAUCAACACUACUGUUCCCAAUAUGUUAGGUAACUUCCUAUCUGAAACUAAAAUCCUCUCUUUCAAUGCCUGCUUCCUCCAGUUCUACUUCUUCUCCAUGGGCAUCACUGAAACCUUCUUACUGCCCCUCAUGGCUUUUGAUCAGUACCUGGCCAUCUGUAGGCCUCUCCACUAUCCGACCAUUAUGACCAAUCAUCUCUGCAUGAACUUGGUGGCCAUCUGCUGGGUGACAGCCUUCCUCUGCUACCCAGUCCCUAUCUAUUUUAUCACACAACUCCCUUUUUGUGGCCCCAAUACCAUUGACAACUUUGUCUGUGACCCAGGUCCCCUUCUGGCCCUGUCCUGUGUUCCUGCCCCUGGAAUUGAGCUUUCUUGUUCUAUAUUGAGUUCUUUUAUUAUCUUCAUCACCUUCUUCUUCAUCAUUGGGCCAUAUACCCUGGUUCUAAGAGCAGUGUUAUGGGUCCCUUCAGCAACUGGCAGGCAUAAGGCUUUCUCCACCUGUGGUUCCCACCUAGUUGUGGUGUCUUUGUUCUACGGGACCCUCAUGGUGAUGUAUAUCAGCCCAACCUCUGGAAAUCCAGCUGGAAUACAGAAGAUUGUAACCUUGUUCUACUCAUCAGUGACCCCACUGGUAAACCCUCUGAUCUACAGUCUCUGGAACAAGGACAUGAAGGCUGGCUUGAGAAAAAUUCAGAUGUGCAAGAAAACCCAUCAAAGAGAAUGAGAGCAGAUGAGUGGACAGGAUCAGGCUAUUUUUCCCCCAUUUCUGUUGCCAAGUAAAAGGUAAGCUUCUGUUCAUGUGCACCUACAGACAUAGACCCAAAUUCAUCAAUUUCUACCUAGUUAAGGGAUGAAUGACAGCAUUGCAUUUAAACCAGAUCUUGCCUGCAAAUCAGGACUUGGUAGCUGGUAAAGUGAAUUAAAUGACCUGGAUAUCUGGACUUUAGACCUUUCUCCAAUAAUUUCUUCCCUUUUUACGUGUGA